ACCUGUCAUAGCAUAAAGACUUACAUGGCAAUAGACCCUUAUCCUGCUUUCACCUGAGACCUGACUGGCUUGUUUUGUCAGCACCAAUGGAUCCACCAGCGAAAAUCCGGAGGCUAGACGGAGCGUUGACCGCGCGUCAAAACACGGGACACCAGCGAUGUGAAAGCUCACGCUAUGACGACCUUCGCUGGGCUGACGGAAUGCCUCCGGAGCUCCUGCAAAGCAUCACCCGCUGGGUUCCCCCACACCAACGCGGCUCCCUGCGCCUCGUGUGUCGUACAUGGAGCUCCGCAGUGUCGUGCGAUGUCGUACAACUGCAGCUGCCGUUGUCCGCGCUAGCGCCGCCGCCGCAAUGGCAAGCAGCGUUGUUUGGGGACCCAGCACAUGCGCAACGUACGGCACUAAAGCGGCUGUUCGUACGUUUUCCGCAUGUACGACAUCUAGUGCUCGUACACAACGUGGUACUGCCGGCGGCGGCGCUGCGGGCUGCCAUAUCCAGCCUGCCGUACAUCUGCCCCCAAGUACGGCACAUCGAGCUGCGGGACAGCGUGUCUUGGGACCAGCCCCUGGAGCUGGCGCCGCUGGCAGCCGCCCUCAGCGCAGCAGCGGGGGGGCCGCUGCCGCCGCCGCCGCCCCCCUCGGCCAGCUUGGGAGCAGCGCUUCCCUCGCAACGUAAGUCGGCAGCUGUAGCGGCGGCGAUGGCGGCAGCGGCAGCGGCAGCGGCAGCGGCGGCGGCAGCUGGGGGCGGCAGUGCUGCUGCGGGGGGCGGCUCAGCUGCGGGUUCCUCAGCUGAGGCGGGGACGGCGGUGGUGACGGCUGCUGCUGCUGCUGCUGCUGCUGCGGGCAGCUGUUCCCAGGAGCCGCUGCGUGAGCUGACGGUGACCUACCUGGCAGCACCUGACAUGCAGCGGGUGGCGAGGAGGUGGUUCAGUCGCGAGUUGGAGCGGCUGGUGAGCCCCGACUGGUCCAUCGGUCGGCUGCGGGUGCGGUGGCUGAUGGGGGAGGCGCCGAGGUCCUUCUUCACGUCGCGGGGCUUCACGAGGUGGGUGAGUGCCAUGCAGGAGACAGCCCCCCACCGGCUGGGGCUGCUGCAACACCUGGAGUUCGCAUGGGCCGAGCUCUCCGACGGACCCUUCGACAGACCCGUCGACGCAGCUGGCGGCGGCGGCGGCGGCGGCCCUGGCGGAGGUGCCGGCGGCGGCGGCGGUGUUAACCCUGCCGCUGCCGUUCACCUAGCGCCGGCGCUUCCGCCCUGGAUACUCCAACCCUUUCAUGCGGCGCUGCCGCCGCUACCACCGCCGCCGCCACCGCCUGCAGCGCUUAUCGUACCCGGGGGCGGCGCCGCCGCCGCCGGCGCAGCAGAUGGCGGCAUGGAUGUGUUCAAUUAUGCGGCGCUGAUGGCAGUUGGCGGCGCGGCAGCGGCGCAGGAGGCGGCGUUCAAUGCGGCGAUGGAUGGGCAGAUGGCGGAGGAGGAGGCGGGGCCGGGGAUGGGGGGCAUGGAGGCGUGGAAUCAGCUGGGAACGGCGGCGGCGUCAGCGACGGCGGCACUGGGGUUGCCGGGUAUUGGCGGGGGGAGAGGAGGAGGAGGAGGAGGCGGGGGUGAUGGAGGAGGUGGAGGUGGAGGAGGAGGCGGGGUGCCCAGACUGGGGCUUCCGCUGGCGCUGUGCGCCUUCACAAACCUCAAGACCCUCUCCCUGUGCUGCAUGGCCUGCCGCGCCCCCGCCGACCACCUGCUGCGGCUGCUGCUGCGCUGCAGGCGGCUGGAGAAGCUGUCGCUGGUGCACCACGAGGCCUACGCGGCCUGGCCGGUGCGCGCACCGCAGCCCGACCUGCAGGCGGCGCUGGAGGCGGUGGUGCGGGAGGAGCUAGGACUGGGCCCGCCCUCCGCCUCCGCCCCCGCCCCCGCUGCUGCUUCUACUACCAGCUCCUCCCCCUCCCCCUCCCCCUCCUGGUGGCCGGCGGGUCUGUCGCUGCGGCUGCGUGAGCUGCAGCUGCCCGCCACCCCCGCGCUGCUGUGCCUGCUGCACCUGCCGCCACCCGCACUGGCGGGUCUGGAGGUGCUGGAUCUGCAGGUGAUAAUGGCUCCUGGCUUCGGUGGCGGUGGCGGUCUGGAUGAUGAUGAUGAGGAGGAGGGGGAUGGGGAGGCAGCUGGUGGGGCCGGCGGCGGAGAGGCGGCGCUGGUGGGCUGCUGGCGCCUGGUGGCGGCACUGGAGGCAGUCCGCGCCUCCGGUGCGCAGCUGAAGGACCUGUUCCUCAACAACGUGGACCUGAGCCCCCGACUGCUGGCGGCCAUUUGGGAGUUCGAAUCGCUGGAGCAGUUGCUGGUGUUCUCCGGCGUGUUGCGACUGCGGGACCGGGAUGCGGAGCCGGGUGACCUGAGCGAGCAGGAGGAGGAGGGCAGCGGAGAUGAUGAUGAUGAUGAUGAGGAGGAGGAGGCGUGGGCAGCGCAGGAGGCUGCUGCAGCUGCUGGUGGGGAGGAGGAGGAGGGGGAUGCGGGUGGCGAUGCGGGCGAUGGAGGAGGAGGUGGAGGUGGAGGAGGACAAGAAGGCCAGGAGGCAGAUGGUGAGGGGCAAGAUCUGGAUACGAAUGGGGAACCGGGUUUCCCUGGUGUGGUUGGGAUGGGGGCAACGCCCAUGGAAGAGUCCGGUGGGGGCGGCAGUAGCAGCGGAGGCGGCAGUGGCAGCAGCAGCAGUAGCAGCAGCAUCUCCGGAAAACACGGAUUGACGGAAGCUGAGCUGUCGCCGAUAGAUGGAACGUCGGACUCGGAGGAAGACGAGGAGUUGGAUGCAUUGAUUACCGCCGCCACCGAAGCAGCGGAAGCAGCGGCAGAGGCGGCGGAGGCAGCAGCAGGUUCAUCCUCGCAGCGACGACGGCGGAGGAGCAGCAGCGAUGACUUAGGAGGCGCCAGCAACGGCGGUGGCGGUGGAAGCGGUGGCGGCGGCGGUCCUGUUUUCUCAGGCAUGGGCCCCAUGCAAGCAGCCAUGCAAGCGCUAGGGGGGGCACUGCGAGGGCUGACCUCACGAGCGCUCUCCUUGCGGUCCGGGGAAGCCAACGCCACGCAACGGACGACAGCUGGAGAGGCUGGUGAGGCUGGAGAGGGAUCCGGCGGUGCCGCUGCCGCUGCCGCAGCCGGCUCUCCUCCCGCCGCCUCAGCGCGAGGGCGUGCAGAGGGCCCAGCAAGCCACAUGCAGAUGCAGCAGGAGGGAGGCCCUAAACCCGCUACUGGAAACGGACCCAUGGGUCCGGGCCCUAGUACUGCAACCGGUGCAGCGGCAGCUGCUGGUCCAGCAGCUGGCGUCGGCGGGGGCGUCGGCCCAGGAAGCAUAGAGGAUUUUGAGGUGGACGAGCUGGGAGUUGAGGCGGCGUUGCAGUGUAUCGCCAUGCAAGGGGUGCCCGGAGCAGCAGCGGCGCGGGCGAUGGCCGAGGUGCGGGCCAUGCAGCGGGCUGUCGGCAUUGGAAGAGGAGGAGCAGGAGGAGCAGGAGCAGGGGUUCAGGGCGCCGUGCUACCCAGGAAUCGGCGGUUGGCGAAGCUCUGGCGACUGAUGGCGGCGGGUGCUGGCAGGAUUCCCGGAGCUGCAGCAGCAGCCGGAUGGCAGGUCAACACGGAGGAUGAGGAGGAGGGUGAUGAUGAUGAUGAGGAGGAGGAGGAGGAGGGGCGCAUGGAGGAGGAGGGGGAUGAGGAGGGCGGAGGUCAUGCAGUGCGUGCGGCUCCUGCGGCUGGUGUCGCGGCGGCUGCGGAUCCAUCAGGUCCAGCUGGUCCAGCAGCUGGCGGCGGCGGUGGCCCAGGCCCGGUCGAAACCCUCCCGGCGGCCUCUGUGUCACAUCAGAAGCUGGGCGGUGCAAUAGCCAUGUGUGCCGCAAGCCUGGCGUCACUGCUCGCGACGGCGACGCCGGCGCAGCCACAGCCCCGUCAGCAGACGCCGCAGCCGCAGGUGAACCAGCCGUUAGGGCUUGCAGCGGCGGCGGCGCCGCCGCAACUGCAGCAGCAACCGCCGCAAGCGGUAGCAGUGAACGCCGCCUCAUCCGAGGGUGCAGGGCCGAGUUCUGGUCCCGGGCCCGUUGCUGCGACCGCUGACGGCGCCGCAGGGGCGUCACAAAGCGGCGGCGUGCAGCCGUACAACAGCAGUACAGCUGCGGCGGCGAAGGCGGCGGCGGCUGUGGCGAUGCUUGACGUCGUGAGCUGCGGCGCCACGGCGGAUGCCGUACGACGGGGGCUGACGGCGCUACGUGUUGCCGCCGACGCCGAGGUAUCCGCCGCCCUAGAGGCCGCCGCCGCCUCAGUGGACGCGGCAGGCACGUCCAGCGGUGGCGCCGCCGCCGCCGCCGAAGCGGGGCCUUCCCAGCCUUCUAUCUCGGCUGCCGCCGCCGCCGCCGCAGCUGCCGCUGCCGCUGCUGCUGCUCCCAGUCAAGCCGGCGGCUCCGCUGGGGCCGCCGCCGCAGCGGCGGUGGCGGCGCCGCCGCCCUCAGCUGCCGCUCAGCCUCAACCCCAGCCGCCCUCCCAUGCGCCGCCAGCCGCCUCCGCCGCCGGCGGAGGCGGCGAUGACCCCAUGCACCUCGCGUUGUCCGUGUACGACAUGCUUCGUACGGCGGGCCCUGCGUUGCGCUGCCAAGUGGGUCAGCUGGAGGAGGGGCAGAUGGCGGUGCUGCGAACGCUGCGCUCGGGGACGCUGCGCGACUCCCCGCACGAGGCGCUCGCGGUGUCCUGUCUGGAGGCCUCCGCUCAACUCGCGGAAACGCUGGAUACGUUGAUGUUCUCAGCGGAUGUGGGCGCGAAGCUGAUGGGCUGCUACGACGCCAGCGGGGGUGCGUCAGCCGUCGCCGACGGCGGCGGUUGCGGUUCGGGAGAGAGCGCGGCAGCAGGAUGUACUGACGGAGGUGGGCCGAGUGUCGUACAAAACCGAACGGAUUCCACCGCUAGUCCAGCGGCGGUGACGGCAGGCUGUAGCAGUAGCCGUACGGCAGUCAGUACGACAGUCGCAGCGGCGGCGGCCGCUGUUCGAGCAGCGGCAGUAGCGGCGGCGGCAGCGGCGGCGGACCCUGAGGCUGCUGUGGAGGCGGUUCGGGCUGCGCGACCCGCGGGUCGGCUGCGCAGCGGCGCGGAUGAAGGCGCGCUUCUGUUGCGUAACCUUGCAGGACUGAGUCGGUUAACUCGGUUGAGGAAGCUGUGUUUGGACUUGAGCCCCGACAACGGCGUUGCGCUACCUGUGGCAAGCUGCAUCCGCUACGUGCUACGCCACCUGCCCUCCCUGGAGUCCCUCCACGUCACCGACCAAUUCGCGCACGAAGAAGGCAGGCCGCUGGGCUCACUGGGGCUGCCCGUCAGUGAUGCCGCCGCCGCCGCCGUCGCCCUGUACGAUACGGUGUACGACACAGGUGACGGCGGCGGUGACGACGACGACGGCGCCGCUGCCGCUGCUGACGGCGGCGGCGGCGGGAGCCGCAGAAGCAGCGGCGGCGGCAACGUCGCCGCCGCUGCCAACAAGCUAACGAGUCUGACGGUGGCGUCGCGUCAGACGCGACGCGUGUGGCGGUCGUACGCCGCCGACGGUACGGGCACGUUGCUGUCGUCGUACGGCAACAACAGUGACGCGACGGCGGCGGCGGCGCCGUCGCUGUUUGCGUUGCUUGUUCCGCAGGACCGAAUGGCACUGUCUGGGGCGCUGUGUGCGGGUGACAUGGCUGUGCAUGCAGCCACGCUGCCGAGGAACCUCCGAGCGCUGUGCCUCCACCGGGUUCGUCUCAUGGCGGGUCCGCACCCCUCUGUCGCCCUUCCGGAUGCCCCCGCCUGCACACCUGAACAACAACAACAACAACAACACCUAAAGCCACAUCCCGGAACGGCAGCGGCAGCAUCCGCAGCAGCACCAUCAACGGCACCCACCGCAGCGCCGCCGCUAGCAUGCAGCAGCAGCGGAAGCAUCCCACACCUCCGCACGCCCCCCUCACUGCCGCCGCUGCUGCAACACAUCUGGCUCUCCAACGUCACCCUGACGGCGCCGCUGGACUUCGUGGGCCUUAUGCGGGAAGCCCUGGCGGCGGCACCUCUCAGCGGCGGCUUACAAACCCUCGUCGUACGACAUUGCUUUGUCGUACGACCCCACGCCGACGCCUCGUCUUCCUCCUCCGCAGCGCCGUCAGCUCCUGCCGCCGCCGCCGCCGGUACGGCGGUGGCGGCUGGUGCGACAGCGCUACGUCUGAUGUCUACGGCGCUUGCCACGCUAGGUGACGUGGGCAACGGCGCUAGCGGGGGUCGGAGGCUGGGGGCGCCGCCGGGGCAGCCCCGACGGGAUGGGCUUCCGGACUUGGGCGCGAUUGUGGCGGCGGCGGCCGGCGCCGCCGCCACGUCGGCUUCGUCGGUGCUGGCGGCGACAGGCGGCCGGCGGGUGCCGCGGCGGCUGGUGCUGAAUGAGGAGGAGCUGAGCUGGCUGUGCAAGCUAACGUCCCUGCGCACGCUGGCCCUGGACAGCUGCAUCCGGCUGGAGGACGUGGGGCGCCUGGCCGCCCUCACCGGUCUGCGCACGCUGGCGCUCAACCCCCAUGUGGUGGGCAGCGAGGAGGCCCGGGCGCGGCUGGAGCUGGAGAUGGCAGCUCGGUGCAGCCCCGCGCUGCAGGCCGCCCUCAUGCGCCUGGCGCCCCUUCACGGCCUGCGCAGCUGCUGGCUGCCCGACUGGGCCGCCAGCCGCAGCCAGCUGCUGGCCUGGCAGGCGCAGCUGGCGGCUGCGGGUCCGGCGCUGGUAACGCUGAGGGUGAUGGAUACGGACAACCUGUGGCGGCUGCCCUCGCCGGCGGGGUGCCCGGAUGUGGAGGAUUCGCUGGAGUGGUGGCGGGCGGAGGUGUGGAACACGAUCUAGGGGCACG